AUGGGGCAUGAAAUAUUCUGUGCAUGGUAUGCGACUUUAAAAGGAAUGGGAUGGGCUAGAACAAGGUGUAGCAGAAUAUUUACAGAUUUGCUGAAUUUCUUUAUGCAAAGAGUUUUACCGCCCUCUAUUCACAGAAAAUCCCUCAAGCAGCCCUAUUUAACAAACAACUAAUUGCAAUCAUAGUCCCAAUUUUUUAAAAAAAGUUCAAAAGACUCCCAAACAAAAAUAAAUGAAUAUUUGCACUCCCACAAGACCAUUCACAGAGAUUUGAAGCCGUCAAAUAUAUUAGUAAACAAUAAAAUUGAAGUGAAAAUUUCUGAUUUUGGAGUCAGUAAAAUCAUGCACCAGACAUUGGAUCCCUGCAAUUCCUACGUUGGAACCUGCGCUUAUAUGAGCCUGGAAAGAUUCGAACCGGAUACAUACGGCGGCAAUUACAACGGGUACAUCGGUGAUUUAUGGAGCUUAGGAUUAACUCUACUGGAACUGUUCAUGGGCCAUUUUCCAUACUUGCCGGAGGGGCAAAGACCUGAUUGGGCUACACUUAUGUGUGCCAUAUGCUUCGGCGAACCACCAAGCUUGCCGGAAAGUGCAUUUGAAAAUUUCAAGAAUUUCAUUCAGUGUUGUUCGCAAAAGGAUUCCAGUAAACGAUGGAGUGCAACCCAGUUGUUAUCACAUCCUUUUGUGAGAGAUAUUGAACUGAAAUCAACAUGAGGAGAUUAAUUUUCGAGAAUUAUGGCCGAAAAUCCGACAGU